UGUUGCCCAUCACGCGCGUGAUCGUUUUUGCAGAGUGACAGCACAUAAUCGGUGGUUAACAGGUCUGCAGCCGAGCACAGUGGGGCUUGUUUUGCAUAACCAUCUCCUUGGAGGACCCCUGCCAGUCCACUUAUUGAGCGUUUUAUUUGGAAAGGCACCGCACUUUGCCUUUUUGUGAUGUCACUCUGCGUGCACGAUGUGCGUGCGCGUGAACAUUUUCCCCCAGACUAGUCGAGCCCAUCCCGCAGCAGGUGGUCUUAACAUGUGGAGCAUGUCCCCUGUAAUUGGGAGAACAUAAGAUGAAUCUGUGAGGACACUCGAUGUGAGAGAGGUGCUGGAAUCUUCUGGACUGUUUGUGGUUUGCGAUGCUCGGCAGGUCUCCUCACCUUAUCGGGGGGAUCUUAUGGAUUCAGAAUCCGAUGAGAGCUGUUCACUGCAACCUGAGCCAGAAUGGCAUCGACCACCAGCUGUACCCUGAAGACAUCGAAUCGCAGCUGGAUGAAGACGAGGAGUGUGUUGACGGCCCGCCAGUGCCGUUGGAUGACGACAGCCCGAGCUACCACGACAUAAGCCCGUCCAUUUUUCAGCGCCGUUUGCCGCCACAUCGCUCCGUGUCAGAGUCUGAGCUCACACGGCCAGGAUAUGUGAAGCUGUCCAAACCGGUAGCACUGUGGACCCAACAGGACGUUUGCAAAUGGCUGAAGAAACACUGUCCGAAUCAACAUCAGAUCUACAGCGACUCCUUCAAACAACAUGAUAUCACAGGGCGGGCUCUGAUGAGACUGACAGACCGGAAGCUGGAGCGAAUGGGCAUCAUCCAGGAAGCAGAGAGGCAAAACAUCCUGCAGCAGGCCCUGCAGCUCCGCGUCCGUGAGGAAGUUCGAACCCUUCAACUUCUCACGCAAGGGUCUCUGGAAUGCGCCCCAUCUUCACCAUAAUUCCGAUGGAGCUGUCACACUAGUGACCACCACCUUGAUAACCUACAACUGGACCGCCAGUACCUAAUCCCGGGACUUCGUACAGCUUUCCGUGUCAUCUCAUCAGUGGGAGGAUUGGAAACAAUCUCGUACAUUCUUCCCAGCCACUCCUGAAAAUCCUCCCACAAGUUCCAACCUGAUGUUGCUUCGCAGGCCAAACAAUCAUGCCAGAAUUCUGCAAUCUGAUCAACACUUUCCAUGACAUGAAUCAAAUCUCAACUCAUUACAUUGGCCAGUAGUUCUAAGAAAUCACCCAAAAUCCUUUUGUACUCAACAUUGUCUGCAGAACAAUGAGAGCUCAAAUCAUUAAAUGACGGACAUUUUCUGCAGUGUUGGAUUCCCUCUAAUCAUAUCGUACUUUAUGUUCUGUGGCUGGCUAUAAGUCGUCCCAAAAGUCAAUUUCACUCUUACAUUAACACCUUUAAGCCACUCCUUAAAACUGUCACUCAGACUUGACUGUAGCACUUGAAGGUUUAUGUUCCCCUGUGGGAAGGCUGGUCCUAAUCCAAUUUAGGGCUUUUGUGAAGUGGCUAGACAAUUACUGUUCAUAAAUCCUCAAUUCUUCCUCUGAUGGAUCCUAAUAACCACAAAAGGGAGACAAACUUUACGUAACCUUGUCCAUGUGUUGUCCGCUCUCAAUUUCCUCUCUAUCGCCACAUCGAGUAGACGUCGUGUAAACAGCAUUUGACAAUGCUUGAUGUCUUACUUCCAGUCUUCGUUUUCUGCUUUCAAAGAUGGAGACCAUUUUUAAAAAAAUAAUAAUAAAUCAAUCCAAAGUGGUGCUCCAUGA